UUUGUCGUUUCCCAAACGGGGAGGGGGUCGCCCAGCAGCGCUCGUAGACUGGGAGCCGCCGCAGCGGCGCCAGGCCCGCGCAGUGUCCGACUAGCAGCAGACAUGAAGCUCUGGACGGCGACGGCCCUGCUGGGCCUCAUGGCCAUUGGGGCCUGCCGCUCAUCCGGUCUUGUCGACAUUCUUGGCAUUGAGCCCGAGCAGGUGAUCAAACUGAUCGGCGCAGACUCGACAGCUGCCGACAGCGACGAAGGUGCCCCCGAGCCGUGUGGCGUUACGCCUUCAAAAAAGGUCACCGACGUAACCGAAACCUGCGUUAGCGAAGUCACUGAAGCUGCCAAAGGCAAGCGGAAGCGCAGGAGGAACAAACGGGUGAACGAGAACGCCGUCCAGCAGUGCGUGUUUGAAAAGCUGGGCCUGCUGGACAGCGACGGAGCGCCGGUUCAGGAGGAGAUUGUCAAACUGAUCGACUCGUACACCGGGGACGCGGAGGGCAAGAACGUGAUGAAGCGAAUGUCGCAGAACUGCAUGGACGGCAUCGAAUCGGUACCGGCCAAAAGAAAGGCGAACGUGCUGAUCACCUGCGUGAAGGCCAGCAUGCAGGACGCCUGCAAGGUGCAUGACCUGAAGAAGGUGAACCCUUCCCUGUCGCUGAUGGUGGCAAAGAAGACUGCAGAAAGGUGUUUGGCCGGCGUUGAGCUACCUCCCAAGAUGGUCUGGUCCAGAGUGCGCUGUUCGGCCGAAGAAAUGAGGAAGUUUGCUGAGGCCCGGCUCGCAGCUAUGGCUCCAGCAAGGAAGCGUCGCUCGCCGAAAAAGGGAAAAGGGCCGAAGCCGGCGGACGAAGCCGAGUCCGAGGCGGACAGCUCGACCGGUAACAGUGAAGCUGACGCCAGUGUCGAAAAGACAGGAAGCUCGGGAAAGAAGGGGAAGAAGGGUAAGGCCUCUGAGGAGGCGGACGAUACUGAAUCCGAUGCAAAUGACGCCUCGGCUGAAGACAGCGAAGCGAGCUCGGAUGAGGGGACGAAAGGCGGCUCCUCCGGGCGGCGGAAGGGUGGUCCGGGACAGAGGAAGGGGCCGCGGGACGGCGACAUGCAGGACGACAAGGCCAAGCUGGAGGCGCUGGUGGGCCCGCUGGACGAGGCGCUGAAGGCGGCAGGGGCGGCGCUCCAGGAGGCCGACCAGUGCACCUUCGGCGCCAUGGGACUGCUGAACGAGGACGACAGCGUCAACGUCGCCGAGGUCAAGAAGCUCCUCUCGGCCGCCGAGGCCACGCCCAAGGUGAAGGAGGCGUUGCUGGGAGCUGUCGAGGCGUGCUCUUCGACCGAUGCCUCCGCCGGGGCCUUCGCUGGCUGUGUGAACAGGGAGCUGACCAUCACCUGUCCCGCCGCGGCCUCCGCUGACGACAGAAAAGAGAAGGCAGAGCGGCGCGCCCAGCGGCCGAAGCGGCGCCGUCCGUCGCCGCAGGCCGGCCGGCCUCCGAAGGUCUCCCGACCCAGGAUCCCGGCCGCGCUCCGCCGUCAGUCGUAAGCAGCGGGAGGCCCUACCAGACCCGCUCGGCGGCUGCGACUGAUCACUGGUCAGCUUCGGACAGCGCCAGUGGAUUCAGUGCGGGAGUGGGCCGCUGGGUCGAGAAUAUGGAGCAGCCUCCAACUGAUCCGCAGGCCAGGAGUGGUCGGAUACUUAGCUGGUUAGGUGUGUCACUGUAGUCUGGGGCUCGCCUACAAAAGCCACUCAGCGGUUAGUGAGAGACGAACAUAUCGUACAUUGCGCAUUCAGCACAUGCCUUACGCGAGGUUGAAAGAAGGCGUUGGUAUUGAGCAGCCCCUUAUCAAUUGUUUUGUUCUUAGGGCUUUAUUUGAAAUGCAAUAGCAGACAAAGUGUACCUUGGUUAGAGCAAUUGAGCUAAGGGUUUAUUAUGUAAUUCAUGGAUCUCAAUUUAGUUGCAUAGAAAACGAUAUUGACAUCUGAAGCAUAUGUCAACAUUGAAGGACGUAGUCGAAGCGCAUGUUUUAUGUCGAUUUCGUUAAUGAUAAUUAAAGGUAAUAAUGAUUUCAUAUGAGUUUAAUGUUUUUCCGCACGACGCCUGUGUUCAUAAUCACGUUAGUGCAAUACACGUUUCUGAGCAUACCACACAA